AUGGGAAUGUGGGAGGAAGCGAGUGACCCAGUGAUGGGGAAGAAGGAUAAAAAUGAGGAGCGGAAGGAGAGAAUCCUGAAUCUCACACUGGAGAUUAUCUAUCUGCUGACUGGAGAGGGCUACGUCAUCCCUAAGAAGAAGAGCCCAACUGUGGGUUUGGGGGCCCUGCAUGCCCCUGGCUCCGUCAUACAGAAGGAAAAUGACAAGAAGAUCCUGGAACUCAUCUCCAACAUCAUCCAGCUGCUGACUGGAGAGGUUGCCAUAAGGUGUGAGGAUGUUUCCAUCUAUUUUUCCUUGGAGGAGUGGGAGUAUAUAAAAGGAAACAAGGCCCUUUACAGGGAAGGGAUAAAGGAGGAGGAGGAGGAGCCCCAGCAGCUCCGCCCACUGGCAGCCUGUGAGUAUAAAGAUGGGAGCGAUGUUACAGCACAUACGGAAGCAACUUUAUGUUGUAAUAAUGAUGGGAAUCUCACACACCCUGAUGUUUCUCCAGCGGAACAGCCCCCACCGGCCAAUGGGAUUAAAGAGGAACCGGCAUCAUGGGAAGAGGAAAACCAAUCAGAUUGCAGCAUUAAUCCCCUUACAGAACAGAUACAGGGAACAGACACACCUACUCCUAUCAUGGGGUGCAGCCUGAAUAGUUUAAAAAUGGAGGGUAAUAAAAAUUCCCUCCAAUCUCCACAUAAAUCUCACACAACAAAAACUACAUUAUGUAGGAAAUACAGCUGCAAUGAGUGUCAGAAACAAUUUACUUAUAAGAGAAACUAUGAUAAACAUUGUAGAACCCACAAAAGGGAGAAACCAUUCUCUUGUUCUGAAUGUGGGAAAUGUUUUGCAAACAAAUCUGACCUUAAACGCCAUCAAAUAAUCCACACAGGAGAGAAACCAUUUUCUUGUUCUGAAUGUGGCAAAUGUUUUACAAAUCGAUCUGACCUUCAUCUUCAUCAGAGAAUUCACACAGGGGAGAAACCUUUUUCUUGUUCUGAAUGUGGGAAAUGUUUUUCAAAGCGAUCUGACCUUGAUCGUCAUCAAAGAACCCACACAGGGGAGAAACCUUUUUCUUGUUCUGAAUGUGGGAAAUGUUUUUCAAUGCGAUCUGACCUUGAUCAUCAUCAAAGAACUCACACAGGGGAGAAACCUUUUUUUUGUUUUGAAUGUGGGAAAUGUUUUUCAAAGCGAUCUGACCUUGAUCGUCAUCAAAGAACCCACACAGGGGAGAAACCAUUUUCUUGUUCUGAAUGUGGGAAAUGUUUUUUAAGCCCUUCACACCUUGCUUGUCAUCAAAGGACUCACACAGGGGAGAAACCAUUCUCUUGUUCUGAAUGUGGGAAAUGUUUUUCAAACGUAUCUCACCGUGAUCGUCAUCAGAGAAUUCACACAGGAGAGAAACCAUUUUCUUGUUCUGAAUGUGGGAAAUGUUUGUCAAGUAAAUCACUCCUUAAAAUUCAUCAUAGAACCCACACAGGGGAGAAACCUUUUUCUUGUUCUGAAUGUGAGAUAUGUUUUUCAAAUCGAUCUGACCUUAAAAACCACCAAAUAACCCACACAGGAGAGAAACCAUUGUCUUGUUCUGAAUGUGGGAAAUGUUUUUUAAACCUUUCACACCUUGCUCGUCAUCAAAGGACUCACACAGGGGAGAAACCAUUCUCUUGUUCUGAAUGUGGGAAAUGUUUUUCUAACCAAUCUCACCGUGAUCGUCAUCAGAGAAUUCACACAGGAGAGAAACCAUUUUCUUGUUCUGAAUGUGGCAAAUGUUUUUCAAAUCGAUUUCACCGUGAUCGUCAUCAGAGAAUUCACACAGGGGAGAAACCAUUUUCUUGUUCUGAAUGUGGGAAAUGUUUUUCAAACCAAUUUAACCUUAAAAAUCAUCAGAGAAGCCACACAGGGGAGGCAACAUUUUCUUGUGAAUGUGGGAAACGUUUUAUAAAUCAAUCUAACCUUGAUCGUCAUCAAUGGACUCACACAGGGGAGAAACCAUUUUCUUGUUCUGAAUGAGGGAAAUUAUUUGUAUGGAACAGUAGUCUAAAAAUACUCUUUCACACAUGAGAGAAACUGUAAACUUGUUUUACAAAUGAGGCAUCAGGUAAAUAUUCUUAUGUCCACCAUAAAAUGUUUCUUUAAGAGAACCCUUAGACGAGGGGUCCCCAACCUUUUUUACUCAUGAGUCAAAAGUAUAAAGACUUGUAAAGCAACACAAGCAUCAUAAAAGUUCAUGGAGGAGCCAAAUAAGGGGUAAGAUUGGCUAUUAGGCAGCCUCUGCACACACUGUCGGCUUACAGGGGGGCUUUUUUUGGUAGUAAAUCUUAUUUGUCACUGCCUUAGACCAACAGUUUGCAGUCACCUGAUGGACACUGGGCAAUUCUGGGGGGCACCAAAGCAGAAUGCACCAUAAGUACCUUCCCACGGCACUGGCUCUGCAUUGGGAACUGAGGAGCCCUCUGGGAUAUAUCUCCCCUCCCACCAACAGAUAAUAUUCUGGGUUUUAUUGAACAAGAAGGGACAUAUUCCAAGGGGUACGAGCCCCCCAGGGUAUCACUUGGGCAGAUGCUGUUCCCUAAUGCUCACACAGUAGGUAACAUAAUGGGGAUAUACCCAGCUGGGAAUGACUUGCCGGGUACAUAGGCUCUUACUGGGUAAAUAUAAAGCCUAUAACAUCAUCUUGUCAUUAUUAACCCAAUGUCAUUUCCAAUGGGGCAUUUGUUGAGAUGAAAGGAAAGGGGGUUACACCAUUAUCCUAUAAAGGGUCUCUUUACAUUAAAUCAGUUUUGUGAAAAGCCUUUUUUCAUGAGACGUGUCAGACUGAUUUAUUGGUGCAAUUUAAAUUUGUUUUUCAUGCUUGUUAAUAAGA